CCGACUGUCGCUCAGUUCAUUUUGAGCCGUUGCGUGGAUUGGUCGUGAGUCGUUGCCGCCGCGUGUGAACGGAUGUUCCCGGUUUCGGGUAUCGUGGUGUUGUAGUGUGCACUUUUCUUCGUGCGGGAGUUGUUGUUUUUAUUUUUAUUGCCGUUAUUAUUCCGUUUGCCAACUCGACCGAUCGCGACCGAUAGCGGGCAAUGAUUGUAAUGAGCAAGCAAGCAGCACAACACCAUCAGAGUCUAAAUGUACGUUUUACCGUAAAUGCGUGGCAAUUUGAAGCCGUAUCGUGUAAUAUAAAAGCAGCACCCUCAGCAACAGUUCCGUGAGUGAUCGUGCAAGAGAAGAAGAAGAAAAAGAAGAAAAGUAUAAAUCAAUUGAAUCCAAGAGUGAAAGUGGGGUGAAAAUAAGCAAAAGAAAGCAAAAGAAAUUGAAAAAGAAAUCUUCACCCGUCGCUCGCUAGAUUGUAUCGUAGUAGUCUUCGCGAAAACCAGGAUGAAGGCGGGUAACCCUUCCCGUGUGUCGUCAUAGUGGUGGUUGUGUGAUAAGUGUUGUAGUUCUUUUUGUUUGUUGUCGAGGAGGGUGGUUUUUUUAAGUGUUUGUUUUGCUGCUCAUGUGCUUUGUUUUAAGCAUCAUCCCCCCUUUUAUCCACCUACCGUUUUGAUCUGCGAGACAACAGCGCGCGAACAUCGUGCGGGGCGCAUCCUUGCAGCAGAUAGGUUGUGUUUGUGAAAAGGAAAAGUUUUAAAUGAAAUAGAAAGAAAAGUUUCCUCACCAAAACGUUACGCGUGACGUGUGACGGCUGCUAGUACAAGUGGCUGAGGGGCUGUGCCUUCCGGCUGUGUCUGUCUCGACCCACCGCCUCGCCUGUCGUUCCCGGAUCCUAUCAUUUAAAGGGUUGUGCGUGGCUGUUUGUGCGCGCGCGUGCGGGUGGGACGCGUUGGCGACAAGGGGGCAAGGACGACAACGCUGGAGGAUACGCUCUUCCGGUUGAGCAAGUUGCGCGAACGUUUGAAGGCGAUGCUUCGCUCACCGGCACAUCUGAUCGGACAUGGGCCGGGAGCGGGCGGCGGUGGCGUGGUGGGACUGCACAGCCACGCUUCGUCGCCGCCCCACGCCCGGCCGUCGCUGUUCGAUUCCUGUCACAGGAAAAUCCGGCUCAUCGGUGGCGGCCCAGUCGCAUUUCUCGGUGGUUUAGUAGCAAAAGCCCGACGCAAGGAACGAGACGGAGAUUCGAAUCAGGGCGACACAAAGCUUUACCUCGAGGAAGGGCUGCUAGAGCGGAAGCUACCGGAUGCGGACCUGCGAUUACUAGUGGAUCUACCGGCCGGCUUGGACUACAACGAAUGGCUAGCAUCGCACACCCUUGCGCUGUUCGAGCACGUCAACCUCGUGUACGGUACCAUCAGUGAAUUCUGCACUACAUCCGGCUGUCCAGACAUGACCGGCCCAGGAACUAGGAUGUACCUCUGGUUCGACGAGAAGGGCAAGAAGACACGGGUGGCCGCCCCACAGUACAUCGACUACGUGAUGACGUUCACGCAGAAGACGGUCAGCGACGAGUCGAUCUUUCCCACCAAAUAUGCCAAUGAGUUCCCUAGUUCGUUCGAGAGCAUCGCGCGCAAAAUCGUCCGCCUGCUGUUCCAUGUGAUCGCGCACCUGUACGCGGCCCACUUCCGCGAGGUCACCAUGCUCGGGCUGCACGCGCAUCUUAACCUCACCUUCGCGCAUCUCACCGCGUUCCAUAGGCGAUUUAAUCUGAUAGAACCCAAAGAGACAGAAGUGCUGCGCGAUCUGGAGAUCGCGCUCCGCCUGACGGACGAUCCGACGGCGCCCGCGGUCACCACCGGCGCCGACGGCAAGGCGGACAGUAGUGCCUCGAUCGCGUCCACGACCUCGGCCUCGACCGGCACGACCAACACGUGCUCGUCCUCGUCCACGUCCUCGACCGCUUCCUGCUCGCCGCCGCUACUCCUAACCGCCGCUGCAGCUGCCGCCUCCUCUACCGUGCCGCCGCCGUCGUCGCCGCACCCGAACAACGGUACGACCCUGCCUCCUUCCUCCUCCUCUACCACCGCCACGCCGAACAGCAGCUGCAGUGGUGCGGACAACAAUAAUAGCAACAGCAGUAGUGAUAGUGGUGCCGCCGGCCACGCGAACCACCACGCGCUCAUCGAUGGGGACGCGACGGCCCAGCCGAUCUGCAAGCAGCCGCUCGAAUCGGGCAGCGUCGUUGUAAAUAGUAAUAGUCAUAAUCAUCACCCGCACCAUCACCACAACCAUCCCCAUCACCAUCAUCACCAUCAUCCGGGUAAGAUGGAAUCGUCCUGCGCGACGGGUGGUGGUGGCGGCAGUGGCAGCAGCACCGGCAGCGUUGGGGUGAGCGGAUGCGGCGUCGGUUACAGCGUCGUUGGUGGGGGAGGCGGUGGUGGAGGUGGCGGUGGACAUUCGGGCGGGGCCAGUUCGCAGCAGUCGUCCAACACGCAGACAACGGCAUAGUGGAUACGCUGGACUGCGAGUGUUGGGGCCGGCGCCGGAACCAUGUUCCUGCUGGGCGGGGCGGCGUGCUGUGGGGCCCUCCAGGUGCCCACCCAAAUCUGACCAAAAUGUGAUCUUAAAAAAAAACAAAAAACAAAACAAAAAAACACACACAAGCAUACGCGGGAAAAGGAUGUGAUGCGAAAGGUGGCAAACACACACACACAAGCGCGUGCGUACACAUCCUUGGAGAACAGGAGUGUGAUGAUGGAGUGAGGGAUGUUGCCAUUCGGGUGUAUGUGCGUGUGUGUGUGUAUGUGUGUUGGUUCGUUGUCCCUGCUUUCAUUUUGCCUUUUGCACGAAACACACAUACACGACACGCGCCCCUAGCAACGCUCCCCCCAAAACAACCAAUCAGCAUCGCAUCACGCGCAGAGGACAGCAGAGGAGGCGUUGCGUCAAUCUUUUUUUAUUUUUUUAAUGAAGCUAGGAACCAUUUUUAGUAGGCGUGAAAAGUGUGUGUGCUCUGUUACAUGAAACACUCCCCUCCCAAGAAAGGAUAAUAUAUUUGUGUAUGUAUUGUAACCCAUUAUGAUUGAAACCAUCCUUCAAGGUAGCCUGAAUAAUAAGCAAAACUAAGAAAAAAGAAACGAACAAGCGGUCCCUGAAAAAAACUAAGUCGGGGACGGAUUUUUAACUGUUAGUUUGGGGACACUUACUGGAACCGUCAGCUGCUGCUGCUAGACAGUAGAGAAAGCUAUGGCAAUUGGCAGUUACGCGGUCAUAACUAAUGUUUGAACUGUUUAGUCAUCUCUCUGUUCCUGUUUUUUUUUAAUAUCGAACACAUAAUAUUGUAAAUUAUUUUUGGUAAACUUCUUUCCUAGUUCCAAUCACAUUUCCAAGGAGUAACUCGUUUUGCUGUUCUUCUGUUAUCUAAUUCUAGUGCGAUCUAUUCGGCCCUUUCCUCUCCCUUUUUGUAAGAAAGCAAUUGUUUUGUUUUAUGUUUUGUAUUUGUCUUUGCUUCGUUUACGCACACGUUUCGUUUCGUUUACUCUACUGUGAUCAUGAUUGUUGGUUCUUCUUUCUUUUUACUUGUUUAUUUUUCCCUUUUCGGUUUUGCCUCAACCGAACACACUUUGUAAAGCGAAAGCAAGAGAGAGAUAGAGAGAGCUGGAGCAUCCUUUUUUACCGCUGUUAGAAAAAGGUUACAAUAAAAAAAAAACAAAAAAAGCAGCUGUGAAAAGAAAAUAGAAUGAAAUUGACUACCGAAAAAAAACAGAGAAAAACAUAACACAUCCGGUCAAAUUAUGAAAAGCGCGUUGAUGUUGUUUUCAUUCACCCCUGUCUCCUGUUGCAGUGAGUGUGGUGCAAAGAUCAAUUCGUACAUUAAACCAAGGCUAAGGUUUAUACAAGAAAAGGUGAUAUAUAUGCGUUUAUGUAUCUUCUUUCUUCGCGUUCGUAACGAGCAAAAACAGCAUUUUUCUGUGCUAUUUUCUUUUUUUAUUGUCUCUUUCUUUUAACUCGUGUUUUUUUUUCGUGUCUUUGUGCAAAUGAUUUCGCUCUUGGUUUUCCCCUCUCAUUUGUUUCCUUUUACAUUUCCCUGUUUGUGUGUGUGUGUGUGUGUGUGUUCUAUUUCGCGCGCUCUUUAGGUUGUUUAAUUAUUACAUACUGUUAGUUACUAUUUUAGUGAACUUUUCUGCUUUUUUUUUGGUUUUGCUCGAUCGACUGCCCAUGUUGUGCGUCGUGUGUGUUUGUGGUGAUAGUGAGCUGAAGUCGAAGAGUAGUAGUCAUCACUUCAAAUGGAUCCAUCCCCCCAACCAACCAACCAACACACAAUAACCUUAAACUACUUAUAAUUUGCACCUUGUUAGAGAAAGAAGAAUAUAACUGUUAACUAGAGCGACGCAUAUUAUGAAACGCAUUAGCGAUCGAGAUGCGUUUGUGCGUCCGAUCACUUUAGUUUGGGCAGCUGGUGCAGCAGCAAAGCAGAUAAAAUAAUGAAACCCUUACUGACCCGUGAGCCACACUAAAAGGGUCAAGAUGAAAGCAAAAAAAUAAAAAAGAUAAUAGUUUCACACCAGUAGAAUGCCAGCAAACUCUUUAGAGAGGGUGUAGAGUGUUGUUGCAAGGGAAAGAAUAGAGAUCGUUAUCGAAGUCGAUAAAUAAAAGGCAUACAUGCUACUAAAACACAGCAAAAUGCAACAAAAAAACACAGCUGAACCUAAUCAACAUAAAGCUAAACACAAGUUGUGUGAGUAAAAACACACAAACAAACACAAAGAAAACAAAACACACGCAAAACAGAAGAAAACGAAUAAAGAGAAAUGUGCGUAAAAAUUAACAAGAAAGCGGGGCAGAACAUUAGGUCUAUAUAGAAGUACAUAUAUAUAUAUUUAAUACAGAGAUAUAGAGAAAGAGAGUCAACUUAUAGAAAGAGAGAGUGAGAGAGAACAGGCAAAGGAAAUGGGAAAUAAAACCCCCUCUUAAAACAGGAAUGUGUUAAAAAGAAAGAAAUGUGUUAAUAGAACGUGAUAGGAGAAUGAGCGUGUGUGUAUGUGAGUAAACGAGAGAGGGGUGGGAAUGUGUUAUAAAACGUAAAAAUGUGAGCAAAUGUGUAAGAGGUUAGUUGUAGUAGCUGUAAGAGAAAGCAGUGUGCGGGUGGGCGAUAAGAAUCACCCACUUCCACUUUCACAGACACAGAUACACACAUUUUGCUCUAGUUUGCAAAGAAUACACAAGUAUAAUAAUACACAAGUAAAAGCAAAACUCACACACACACACACGCUCCCUUAUUCAUGCAAAACAUCCAAACAAACCAACCUACCCUCCCCCCCCCCCCCCCCCUCCCACUAGGAAAAAGAAAUGAAGAUAGUUUAGUAUAGUGUGGAGCAUGUAUGAAGCACGAGGCAGAUAAGAGUUACAGAAAGAGAAAAGAGAGAAAAAGAAAAGAAGAAAAAAAGUUUAAAGAAGCAAAAAAAAACAUUGAUGCAAAUACAUAAUCCUGCAAAUUGUUGUUAUUUGACCGUGUGUGUGUAUGUGCGUGGGUGGGUGAAGGGGGAGAGGGUGGAAAGAAAAAAGCGAAAUGAUGUUUGUGCUGGGACAUGUGUAUAUGGUGUAAGUGUUGCUGUAAGUUGAGUUUUGAGUGAAAAACGUGAUCCAAAUUUUCCUCCUGCGGGACGUUUCACAACAAGUCUAGAAAGAAGAAGAAAAUGUAUAGAAAACAGACUAGAAAAAACAAGAAAAAGGUAUUAAAAGUGUAUACUUAUUUUUUAAUUCUUCUUUUUUUCAUGCAAUUGCUGCUAAACGGUGUUUAAUUGUGUGUUUUGAUUUCAUUUUAGUUUUGCACUCCAUUUCCCCGGACGCUUCAUCAUUCCCAUCAUCAUCAUCAUCAUCGUCAUCGUCACAUCUAAAUGGCUGUAAAAAUUCCGGUGCAUUUGGAAAUUUGGAUUCUGGAAAAAAAGAUAAAUUCCAUCAGCAAAUUCCACCAUUAAGUUGCUUCACUCAUCGUUCUCCCAUCUUUGAUGUGUGUGCAUGUGUUUCGUUGUUUUAAUCGUUCUUUAACAAGAAACAAGAAAAACCACACAUUGUGAUAGUGUAACGAGUGAUCAUACAUGUACAGAGGCAUGUCAAAAUUUGCCCAGUUGCGCAAAUGAUGGAAAGAGAAAAACAGCAAAAUGAAAAGAAAAUUAAUGAAAUUGAUUAGAUUUGCUUUGAAAAAGCCAAAAAGUAAAUGAAAAAAGGAAAAAAACAUUUAAAAAACAAUAAAGCAACACAGAACAGGCACGUAAAACUAACUAAGUUUAAUAGUUUAGACUGUUUCGUCUAGCUUUUCGUUCGGUAAUAGUUGUUCGAGAUAGUUCGGAAGAAAAAGGAAAAGAAAAGAUAAGCUAUAAAAAGAGUAGUGCAAAAGCAGAGAAAGGAGAGAAAAAAGAGAAGAUAAAUAAAAAAGUAAAAUAUCCAGUGAGCAUAAAGUAUCGGUUUAGAAAGAGUUUGUUGAUUCCGUAGAUGAGUUAAAAAGAGUAAAGUGGAAAAAGAGCUAUAAGAUGCUGCUGAACCAAGUUCAGAAACUAGCAAUAAAAGCGUUCUAUUUGCCGAAAUUAUAAUAAAAAGAACAGGAAAAUAAGAAAACGAGAAAACACUGUAAACUUCUUUGUUCAAAAACUAACAAAAAAACACAACUACAAAGCAUAGCUAUUUGUAUUUUGUGUUUUAAAUGUUGAGUAAGCGAGUAGAAGUAGUGGAAGCGACAGUAAAGCAUGAAGGAAAUAGAAUAGAAAAAAAAAUCACAAGCAAAAAGGCGGAAAAGAAUUUGAAAAGCUAAACAGCAAAGCAAAACAUACAGCUGCAACGUUGCAUACCUUUAGGCUGAUUGACAAAAGUGGCCUUUAGAAGAAAGUGUUGUCUAUUGCGUCCUUACUCAGUGUGUGUGUGUUUUGGGUUUUUAUUCGUUCAGAAAGCACACAGUUUAACGGUGUGUUAGUAACAGAGGUCAAAAGAAAGUGGAGUUUAUAGAACUUUUAUCCAACUUUUGUGUGGUAAUAAAAAUGGUUCAAAACAAGCCGCAAACGUUUAAAGUUAAUUUUUAAUUUCACUCUAAAAUGGCAGACAUUAUCUAAAAAAAUGAUAACCAAUGUGUUUAACUUGUAAAUAAGUUUCUUUUUUCUGUAAAAUAAACUAAACAAAAAAGUAAGCAAAACGAAUGGAAAGUUGUAAAAAAAAAGAUAUGAAAACUUUAACAAAGGAAUGUAAAACAUAAGAAAAGCAAUUAAAUUGCUGCACAUCUACAGAUCUACAUACACACCAUAUCAGCCUAUUCCAAUUCACAAAUACUAAUUCUACAUUACACUACACUAAGGCACUUCAUGCACCGCGCACAGAUGAUUGCAUUUUUGUUUUUUGUUUUGUUCAUAAUUUUGUGUCCUAAUUCCGUUGUUUAUGCAGUCAAUUCAAUAUGAGCAAAAAGCAACUCAAAAGUGAUGAGUAUAGAAAGAAAAAAAAACAAACGCAUUACACAUAGUGUGGGACACCACAGCCGAUAAUAUGCUUCAGCUACGUGAAACAGUAAAGUUCUAUAACAUAACACAAACGCGGAACGAAAGUAGUACCAUAAUGCGGUGUUGCUGCUGUGUUGCUGCUAUAAAGUGAGAUCUGCCGUAACUGUAAGAUAGCAAAAGAAAUACAAAUGUUAUCAGCAAAGGGAAGAGAUAAGAGAGCGAAUGAAAAUAAAAAAUGGGUGGGAAAAAAA